AUGCUGGGAGCUCUCAUCGUGUACACCUUCUCCCUGGACUACAAUCCUUCUCCAAUUGAUGGUCUUCCCAUUGUAAGAACAAAUCCAGCUGUGUGCAGAUUGAAUGCCAAUACAACAGGCUACACAAUGUAAGCAGCAAUGCUUUAAACCCCACUUGGGUUCCCUACACCUCCACAAUAUCUGCCGAGGAUGUUCUAGGCUUCUCCCUUGUUAUAAUGAGCAGUGACUGGAGUGGGCCGAGUCCAUCCAACACCUUCUUCCUAGGAGACCUCAUUAACCUUCAAGCGUCUGUGGACAGCACUAACCAUGAGCCUCUCCGUGUCUUUGUGGACCGCUGUGUGGCCACUCCUGGGUCCAAUGCAUCAGCCCCAGCCUACACCUUCAUUGGGAAUAAUGGGUGUUUCUUAGACAGCCAACUGACAGGCUCCAAUUCCCAGUUCGUGUCCCCCAGAGUUGCCCAGUCUGUAAUGCAGUUCCAGCUGGAUGCCUUCAGGUUUUAUGGCCUGACUACUAGUUCAAUCUUCAUUACCUGCCAUCUGAAGGUGACCUUGGCGUCUGCUAAUGUUGAUCCUUUGAAUAAGGAUUGUUCAUAUGACUCUGCACUGAGCCAGUGGAGCUCAGUGGAUGGGAACAAUGCUGUCUGUAGCUGCUGUGACACAAGCUGUGCCAACGCCCCUCCCUUCAGGAGGGGCUCUGGUGCCCCUAAACACAGAUCAGGAGAGCAAGUGAAGUGAGUGCACCAGCUGGAUGGCAGGAGACCAUUUCUGUUGGCCCUCUUUUUCUGGAGAAGGUCUCUCCUUUGUCCUCUGUAUCUCAGGCCUUGUCUCCUCGGCAAGACGAAGUCUCUGCAGACUCCCAAUUCCAAGAUUCCAUCCUUGGUGCUGUUGUAGGUGUCCUGGCUGUCUCCUGUGUGGCUGUGCUAUUCUUUGCGUACAGAAAAGCAAAGGGCUCUGUUAAUACUAAGCAAUAAAAUUUUUAAAGUUCA